ACCGGCAGCCAUUUUGUAGGUCACGCCUACCGGAAACGGUAUCUGCACCUGCACCGACAGGACCGAAAUCGAAGGAGUCCCGGUCGAUCCGUUACGUUUCGCUCGUCUCUCCCACUCCCAACCCGGACACCGCGGUUUCCUCUGCGGAUCCUGCGCCUUUUCACGCAGUCGUGUUGGGGGACCGAUCGCUGGAGUGUGGGGGGAUUUUCCACCGAGAGGGGGACGAGGGAGGAAGGGCAGGUCCCUCAUCAACACCACUUUCACUCUCUUUAUCGUUUCCAAAACAUCAACACCAUCAGGCGUGUCUGCGCUCCCUGGACGCAUCCGGAACACUAAACCAGCAGCUGCACCGAACACAAUGUAUCGCGUAGACCUCAACCCAAGCCCGGACGCCGUCUGAUGUAGCACGGUUUAUUAUUUAUUUAAUUUCUGAUCUGGAAAUUUCUUGACUUUGUUGAGUGAGCGCGCGCGCACUGCGGCCUUGCAUCCAGUUGAAUGAACGAUGCGGACUUCACCAGCACACUGAUUUAAGACCCCAUUUCCCACGAAUGUCCGCGUCACCGCUUCACACAGCGUCUCUUUUCUCCGAUCUGAGUGUUUUUAUGGGAGUGACGGACAGCUAGUAGCCGAGACAAAAUGUGGAAGUGGAGGCGGCUGAUGCGGUUGUCCAACCGCUCCUUAAUGGCCUUCAUCUUUUUCUUCUCCAUGUCCACGACCUGCCUCUACUUCAUCUAUGCGGCUCCCGGAAUAGUCAACACAUAUUUCUUUAUGGUGCAGGCUCAGGGUAUCAUGCUACGAGACAAUGUGCGAACAAUUGGUCACAUGAUCAGGCAAUACACCAAUAAGAACAGUACUUUUAACGGCACAGAUUAUCCAGAUGGAAAUAACUCUAGCGAGUACAUCGCUCAGCCAACCACAUACCUCCCUGAGAACUUCACAUAUGCUCAGAACCUGCCCUGUCCUGAAAGGUUACCUUCUAUGAAGGGUCAGAUGGAAGUGAACAUGACAGAGGUUCCUUUGGAGGAAAGCGAACUGAGGCUCAAAAAUCUGGAUGUUCGAUUUGGAGGCCACUGGAAGCCCAAAGAUUGCAAACCACGCUGGAAGGUGGCCAUAUUAAUUCCAUUUAGGAAUCGCCAUGAGCAUCUUCCCAUUCUCUUUCAGCACCUCGCCCCUAUGCUCCAACGCCAACGCUUGCAGUUUGCCUUUUAUGUCAUUGAACAGGCGGGUACUCAGCCGUUUAACCGUGCCAUGCUGUUUAACGUGGGCUUUAAAGAGGCCAUGAAAGACCUGGACUGGGACUGUGUGGUGUUUCACGACGUCGAUCACAUCCCAGAAAACGACCGUAAUUAUUACGGUUGUGGUCAGAUGCCUCGACACUUCGCCGCCAAGCUUGACAAGUACAUGUACAUUCUUCCGUAUAAUGAGUUUUUUGGUGGAGUCAGUGGACUUACUGUCAAACAAUUCCUCAAGAUCAAUGGCUUUCCUAAUGCAUUCUGGGGCUGGGGCGGAGAGGACGAUGACCUCUGGAACAGGGUUCAUUACGCAGGUUUCAAUGUGACCAGGCCAGAAGGUGAUAUUGGGAAAUACAAAUCUAUCCCCCAUCACCACAGAGGAGAGGUGCAGUUCCUGGGGAGGUAUAAGUUGCUGCGGUACUCUAAAGAACGCCAGCAUCUGGACGGCUUGAACAAUCUGCAGUACUCUCCGGAGAUCUCUCUGAGCAGCCUGUAUAAGAACAUCACGGUCAAUCUGGAUCCUGAGCUGGCCCCCAUAGCAGAAUACUGACAGGCUGUGACCCCCACCCCCUACCCCUGAGUCAAAAAAUGUGAUGUAUUGAUGCCGAAUGCCCUUAAAACAGAAGCGAGAAGGGCAAAGGCCUGUCUAAUGCACAGCUAGUUGCGCGUGUGUGUGCGUAUGUACUGGAUCAUAUCUGUGAAAGUGUAUUAGCGUGACUGCGCGCGUUUAAUUGCAUGUUCCUAUGUCCAUGCUGGCUUUAACGAAUCCGAUCACAGCACAUUUCAAAAAAAGGUGGGGAGUGCCAGCGUCAACAAAUCAGAUGUUUACUGCGAAGCCUUAACUGAAUUUUGUAGGCUAUCAAACACUUUAGAUCCAGUCAUCUGUGCUUACAUUGUAGAAAGCUUGGUUUUACAUUGCAGCAGCACUCUUGAUGCCAAGAGACGUUUUGUCUAGUUCUGUUAGUAUCAUUUGUUUUAUACAUAUCUGUUGUUGUUUUUUAAAACGGACAACUGUUUAGAAGACGUCAAUGCAGUUUAAAUGGAUGUAUUUUAAAUAGUUUUGUUCCUGUAUUACGAUGUACAUUUCACCUUGGUGGAGUGUUAUGGGUUGUGUUUUCUCAAAUCCCAUGGCUAUAGGGAAGGCUGUGACAAGUUGCAUGCAUGACCCGGACUCACCCAUGUAAAAAUAUGGCAUUUUUAACUAUGCUUUAGCUUUGUCCACCAAAAGACGCCUGUUAUUCCAGUGGAAACACUCUUUUUUGGCAGCUAUUUGUUUUGCGAUUUAUGUUAAAAACAUUGGGAUUGGGAAACAUGACCGAUGGGCAAAAAAUAUCAGUGAUGACUAUAGAUUGCAGUAAAAUGAAUCGAAUAUGACAUACAGAUAUCAUUACAUGCUGCAUGCCUUCAUUUAUUUUUUGUUACGCGAAUAUAUUGUUUCUUAAACUUUUAUUUUUAGUCCUAUUGAAUGUGUUUUUUUUUGUUGUUUUUUUGUUUUGUUAAUAGCAUAAUCAUUCUCAUGUCUCGCUCUUGAAGUGCACUCCAUGGUGGUGAAAGCGUAUGUGAUUGAAACGAUAGCGAGGUGUUUACGAGAAUUCGUUCGCAGGAAGACCUUGUGGUCAGUCGGGUUAGCAGCUGCUAAAGCCAAAACGCCCUUCGCAGGGUUUGGUGUGUGUCUCAACCUGUGUGUUUUUGUCUGUUUGUGUGUGUUUGGUGAAGGACGGGGUGACGUUGCGCUCCGAUAAGGCCAAGAUGAGAGAGCGAUGUUGCUCUUGAAUGGCAUCCGGAGUACACUUGGGCCAUGACGACUUUAUGCUGUUAAAGUUUCGAGCAUUACAAGCUGUUGGAAACCUUUUUGUUGGUUCAUGUUUGCCUUUUGUUUGUAAUUUAAAUUUUUGGGAGUCGUCGACAUAACAUGAUGCAUUACAUUUUUGUGUAUAAUUUAACUUAUAUACAUGUCCUAAAACUGCUGUUUCAUAUCCUCUCAUGCGGUCUCUCUCUGUGUGUAUGUCCAUUCAGAGAAUUACUCAUUGAGGGUGAUAUUGUGUCUGCACUUGAAGUUGAAACACACUCACAGUUCACGGAAAUGCUUCACUGUGCCUGUUUCAAGUGUUUUUGUAGGCUCUUUCCAUCUGCGUGUCUCUGAGGUGCGGCUUCUCUUUGGUCGUCCGAUAGCUUUGUCUUUUUCUCUGAGUGGAUGACGUCUUAACACUAGUAGGGUCUCCUUCCAUUGAUGGUGUCCCUGACGUGAUCUCCAGUGCCCAGUCUGUUGUUUACAGUCUCAGUCUUACAGUUGGAUCUGAAAAGAACUGUUUACUGUGGUUACGGGGUAAAAAAAAAAACAUUUGACCAAUUCAGACUAGAAAUCAAUGAAUGCUUUCAUAUAAUACACUGAAUAUGAUAUGGAGGCUACUCCUGCCAAAGUAUGCCUUUCCUCCUCCUCGUCCCUUUCGCUCUUCUCAUCUUUCAGCAUCGUAUAUUGAAAUGUAGCUUUAGGACAUCUGCUCAAUCUAAACUUUUCGAUCCAGUCGCACACUGUGUGUUCAAGUGAGUUUGUAUAUAUGUGGUGUCACAUUCACGUGCAGUCCAGUGUGAGAGGAUUGCUGAAGAAUGACGUGAAACACAACAACAAAAAAAACCCCUCAUCUCCCAUUUCCACCGCACAGGGCCAACAAAUUAACGUAAGCAAAGUUGGCGGCAAGCUGUUGGUUUCUGCCCUGUGUUUGUGUUGAAGCAGCCGGAGAGAUAUAAACGCUUGAUAGGUGUCGUUUAAUUUAAAAAGAGAGGCAUUUUAGACCAGGUGUAGGCUUUUGAAGAGAGAAGUGUGACUUGUGAGCACUAGUUUCCAAAAUGCUCAAAUAAAUGAGUGUCAUUCCGCCUCCACAGUGCACUGUUUUCUGCUUCUGCAGGCACUUUAAUGGAGUACCGAUUAGUCUUAUGCUGCAAUCAGAUAGGCCUGUUACGAAUUAAUCACUAGCUUUUGCAGGACAACAAGUUUUAUUUGUAAAAAAAAAAAAGAAAAAAAAAAGAUUGGGACUGAAAGUUAUACAUUGUUCUUAAAGUAAGGUGGUUUGCAAUAUGAAAACUGAAUGUUACAUUUUUUUUUCCUUUCUCUCUUUUUUUUGUGAUGUGUAAUGUUCCUGAAAUGAAGAGUGUGUGCUGUUGUUGUUUUUUUUUUAAUGUGAAACAUAUCGGUGAGACUGCUCUGGUGUGUCUGGAUCUUGUGGUUAGUCAGUCGUAGCUUUUAAGGAAGCUUUGUUCAGUUCUGUCUGCUAAUUUAGAUUCCUUCUGAUCUCAUUUUUCACCCCUCUCAUAGCUGCCUCAUCCUGCCCAGCUCUGAAAAUAUCAGAAGAAAUAAUAGAUAGAUAAUUUUAAGAGAUGAUUUAUUUACCAUUACAGAUCUGUAAUGUGUAGAGUGUUACAUUGUUGCAGUAUUAUUCAUAUUUGUGCCUUGAUUUUUUAUUUUUUUUUCCUCUUCACUUUGGCAUUGUUUGUUGAGAUGUGCAGUGGGGUGCGUGUGGAUGGUGUUUAAAAAUUAAAAUGGGUGCGCAUUUACGGUUUCUUUUACUCAAAGUCUUUUAUUUCAAACUGGAGCUGUGACUUCAAAACUGAAAUGUCUGCUGGUUGUUGAAUGGGAACUGAAAAACAUGAGGAUCUUCUGUGUUUGAGGGUCCACUUUAACUGUAACACCAGUAUGAGAAGCAGAAUGUCUUGAGAUGCCAGCUGCUUUGACUGACAUGUUAAAUCCUGGUUCCAGAUUUUUUGUUUUUGUUGUUGAACCAGUCUAUUCAAUGCGUUUCGCUCUGUAAUGAUCAUUAAAAGACUUUAUAGUUGAAAACCUA